AGCUCCUGGCGCUGGCACCCUCCCCAGCGCGGGCGGGUGGACCGCGGGAGCCUGGUGUCCUUUCAGUUCGGGUUUUCCAGAUUUCUGGAUCAGUGGAGCGCCUUUUCCUGAGGGCUGGCCAUUCUCGUCGUCUCUUUUCCAAAGCCUCUGCCCAAGUCUUUCGUGUUUUUUGUUUUGUUUUUUAUGGGCCGCAGAUACACUUCUUAGGUUUCCAACAGGAGACACCUUCCCUCCAUUCUGACUGAAGAUGAGUGAACAGGAAGAGUCUGACCCAUCUCUGCAAGCCCUUGAGUCCCGCCAAGAUGAUAUUUUAAAACGUCUCUAUGAAUUGAAAGCUGCGGUUGACGGCCUCUCGAAGAUGAUUCAGACACCAGACGCAGACGUGGACGUAACCAACAUAAUCCAAGCUGACGAGCCUGCUGCUUUCUCGACCAGCGCGUUGGACUUAAACUCAGUGCUCGGAAAGGAUUACGGGGCGCUGAAAGACAUCGUGAUCAACGCAAACCCUGCCUCCCCUCCCCUGUCCCUGCUCGUGCUGCACAGGCUCCUGUGUGACCACUACAGGGUCCUGUCCACCGUUCACACGCACUCUGCAGUUAAGAGUGUGCCAGAAAACCUCCUCAAGUGCUUUGGCGACCAGACCAAAAAACAGCCCCGUCACGAGUAUCAGCUGGGUUUUACUCUAAUUUGGAAGAAUGUGCCGAAGACGCAGAUGAAGUUCAGCGUCCAAACGAUGUGUCCCAUCGAAGGAGAAGGGAACAUCGCCCGGUUUCUGUUCUCUCUGUUUGGCCAGAAGCAGAAUGCUGUGAAUUUAACCCUCAUAGAUAGCUGGGUAGAUAUAGCGGUUUUUCAGCUAAAAGAGGGAAGCAGUAAAGAAAAAGCCGCUGUGUUCCGCUCCAUGAACUCCGCUCUUGGCAAGAGCCCCUGGCUGGUUGGGAAUGAACUCACUGUGGCAGAUGUGGUGCUGUGGUCCGUGCUCCAGCAGACGGGAGGCGGCAGCAUGACAGUGCCGGCCAACGUGCAGAAGUGGAUGAGGGCGUGUGAGAACCUGGCCCCCUUCAACACUGCGCUCAAGCUCCUGCAGUGAAUUUCGGUACCUGUAAAAGGCUGACUUCAUGAAUGGUGCUGUUUCCUGCCUGUUGGGGGUAAAGGACUUGUACUAAAAUCAAAGUCUGCUUAGCUCAGUUGUCUAGAAUAAAUAAAGGUAUCAUAA